AUGGCGGCCGCGGGCUCGGCUCCGCAUGUCGGCGACGUGGAAGAAGAUGCUUCGCAGCUGCUCUUUCCAAAAGAAUUCGAGAAUUCCGAGACGCUGCUCAACUCCGAAGUGCGAAUGCUGCUGGAGCACCGCAAGCAGCAGAACGAGAGCGCCGAGGACGAGCAGGAGCUGUCCGAGGUCUUCAUGAAGACCCUCAACUACACCGUGCGCUUCAGCCGCUUCAAGAACCGAGAGACCAUCACGGCCGUCCGCAGCCUGCUCCUGCAGAAAAAGCUGCACAAGUUCGAGCUGGCCAGCUUGGCCAACUUGUGUCCCGAAGCGGCCGAGGAAGCCAAGGCCCUCAUCCCCAGUUUGGAGGGCCGCUUCGAAGACGAGGAACUGCAACAGAUUCUCGACGACAUCCAGACCAAGAGAAGCUUCCAGUACUGA